AAACACCGAUGCAGGCUUUUGUCGCAGAGAAUCAAUUCAAAAUUGGUGCUGGUGGUUUUUCUUGUGUCUAUGUUGGUCUCAUGAAGGAUGGAAGUGAAGUUGCUGUUAAGAGAAUUUUGGUACAAAUGAAAUAUCGACAUUUUCACCGUGACGAUACCUUCAUGUAUCUUAUUGUUGAUCUUUGCGAAGAAACCUUGAGGGAACUUGUUCAAGCAUCCAGUAUUAAACAUCUACAAGAGCAUGGUCCACGAAUGAUUAAAGAAAUUCUAUCAGGACUUGAAUUUCUUCAUGGUAAAGGAAUAUUGCACAGAGAUCUAAAACCAUCAAACGUCCUGGUUGAUAUCGAAGGCCGCAUGAAAUUGGCAGACGUUGGAAUAAGCCGCGUUCUAAAUGAAGAUGAAACGACAGUUGAAACAGAUGCUAAAGGUACUCGCGGAUGGAUGCCACCGGAAGUAAUUGAAGCCAUAAAGAGAAACGAAAAGGGUCGUUUCAAAAGGAAAUCAGAUGUCCAUGUCGUGGGUAUGAUUGCUUUUUACGUGUUAACCAAAGGUGAACAUCGUUUUGGAUCUGAAUUAGUCGAAUGAAAAAUAUUUCAGAGGAUAAUCCUGUCAAUUUGGAGAAACUUGGUGACCACGAAGCUCGUAGGUUUGUGUCGUGGUUGAUUAAUCACAAGAUUGAUGAUAGACCUCACGCUCACGAAGUACUGAGGGAUUCCUUAUUAAGCAAACCACAAGGAACACAGCAAGCAAUUAAACAACCAACCACGACGUUUGUUUUUGAUUAGGAAUCCUUCCUAGCCUAAUUUUGUCCUUGAAGAGGGAAUUUGGAGCGACACAAGGGCGACAGAACAUAGCUAAUUUUAAAAUAAUUAUCACAAUAAUAUAGUAGAGGGG